ACGGAAAACACCAGCCACGCAGGUGAGAUUUAAGAGGGGUGUGAAAUGAAAGAGAGGUUGUUUCACAUGUUUCGUAGAAAGGAGGCUAACUUGGCUUUGAAAUACCCUUGGAAUAGCCUGUGACACGAGCCAAUUUUGUUUAUCUAAGCUACUUUCACCCUCCACCCCUACAAACGCCACACAAAACCAUCUCAUCUCUCAUCAGUUGGCUUUGGAAUUUGGUGACGAGUACAUCGCAGUGUGAGUAAAAAUCAGUGAGUUUGGUUCGCGUUUUUUUUUCUAUUUUAGAAGAAUUUUUUUACGAGCACAAUGGCAAAGAGCUCAGGGGGAAAGCAAACUGCUAUUUCGCUUAAAAUGAAGAUGGAGCUUCUUAAGGCUGUUGAUCAAAAACAGAAGACGAAAACGGAAAUCUGUAAAGAUUUUGAUAUUGCUAACUCUACAUUAUCAACAAUAAUUAAAAAAAGAGAGCAAAUUACUGAAAUGUUUGAACGGAGUAAGUUUGAGCCAGAGCGAAAACGGAUGAGAACGGCCAAGCACGAGGAUUUAGAGACGGCUUUACUUGUUUGGUUCAAACAAGCGAGAUCUCAGAAUGCUCCCAUAUCAGGACCUUUAAUGCUAGAAAGAAGCAAUGAACUUGCUAAACAAAUGGGUAUUACAUUUUCUGCAAAUCCAGAAUGGUUGGAACGUUUCAAGAAAAGAAAUGACAUAGUACUAAAAAAUGUUUGCGGUGAAGCUAAUCAAGUUUUACUGACCAUGACAGCAAAUUGGUUUCAGUCUACGUUGCCUUCGAUACUUGAAGAAUAUGAAGCGAAAGAUGUCUUCAACGCGGACGAAACUGGGUUAUUUUACCGCUGCUUACCCAAUAAAACUUUAUUGUUUAAGGGACAAUCGUGUUCAGGGGGGAAACUGUCUAAAGAACGGAUUACGGUAUUGGUAGGAUGCAAUUCGGAUGGUUCUGAAAAACUACCCCUAUUUGUUAUUGGCAAAAGUUUGAAAUCGUGGUGUUUUAAGAAUGUAAGAACAUUACCAGUCGAAUAUACAGCAAACAAAAAGGCAUGGAAGAUAGCUACGAUGUUCACCGAUUGGAUCGUAAAGUUAGAUGAGCGAUUCUUUCGAGAAAAGCGUAAGGUUGCAAUGAUAAUUGAUAAUUGUCCGGCUCACCCCAACGUUGUAUUGAAAGCUAUAAAGCUUAUCUUUUUGCCUCCAAAUACAACAAGUGUCUUGCAGCCUUGUGAUCAAGGGAUUAUACAAAACAUGAAAUUUUUCUACCGGAAGCAAUUGCUUCGAAAAUAUUUACUCGCAAUCGAAGCAAAUGAAGAUUUCUCGAUCAAUUUAUUAGAUGCUCUUCAUAUGUUGCACUCUGCAUGGAAUUCAGUGACUCCAAGGACGAUUGAAAAUUGUUUUCGUCAUGCAGGAUUCUCAAAAGUAUCAGAUUCUUUGGCGCCAAAAGAAAUGGAGAAGGAGGAUAUUGAAACUGAGCCGACACUUAAUGAAAUGUUUGAGAAAGUUUCUGUAUUAUUGGACUGUCCUACUGUAUCAUCGGAAGAAUUCGUUGCAGUAGAUGAUGAUAAUGUGUGUACAGCCCCAAUUAUGGCAGACAAAGACAUUUUGGAGUUUGUUCAAAGCUCAAAAAAUAUCAUUGAUGCAGAUUCCGACGACGAAAAUGAAAUGAAUAAUGCAGCUCCUGUUCCCACGUCAUCCGAAAUGAGGAACAUCAUGAAAAGUAUGCUCAGUUAUUUAGACGCACAUUCCAAUGAUGAAAUGAAUAACAAAAUGGAUGACAUCGAACAAUUUGUUGACAAUUUGAUGCUAAAAAAGACAAUUUAUGUCAGCUGCCAUUUCAUCAAUCAUUUCAGUGACAGUGAUUCUUGA